AUGUUAUUUCGAUCAGGUAUAAGGCUUUACAGGUCAGUUGUAUGCCCAGCAGAAAUAAGAAGGGUAGCUGUCAGAUUGGGAAUGUAUUACUUGAGCUCCGGAAAGGAGUUGAGUUUUGGAAGCAAAGCUAGAAGGGAAAUGUUAAAGGGAGCCAACGAUCUUGCAGAUGCGGUAGGAGUGACUUUGGGUCCAAGAGGCCGGAAUGUUGUAAUAGAGCAAAAAUUUGGAGAAACCCCAAAAAUAACCAAGGAUGGAGUAACAGUUGCAAAGGCAAUUCAGUUUAAUAGUGGUCCAGUCAAUUUGGGUGCUCAGCUAUUAAAGGAUGUAGCAAUAUCUACUAAUGAUGAGGCAGGAGAUGGCACAACUACAGCCACAGUAUUGGCAAGAGCAAUUUUCAAGUCAGGUUGUGAGAAAGUGGAUGCAGGAUUGAAUCCAAUGGACCUACUCAGAGGAAUCAAGCUUGGAGUGAAGCAUGUAGUUGAUGAGCUGGAUUCACUAAGUCAGCCAGUUAGGUCUCACGAAGAUAUUUUGAACGUUGCAACAAUCAGUGCAAAUGGAGAUUCUAUAGUUGGGUCUCUGAUAGCCCGAGCUUAUAGUAAAGUUGGUGUGCACGGUACCAUUAAUAUUGAGGAAGGAAAGACCACUCAGUGCGAGCUAGAAAUUGUUGAAGGUUUGAAACUUGAAAAGGGUUACAUAUCUCCAUACUUUAUCACAAACCAAAAAUACCAAAAGGUUGAGUUGGAAAAUCCCUACAUAUUGAUUUCAGAAGGUAAAAUAUCAUCUCUGAAAUCCAUCUUGCCAAUUUUGGAAUUCUGCGUAUCAUCUAGAUCUCCUUUGCUCAUAAUUGCCGAAGAAGUUGAAGGAGAGGCUCUGACAGCCUUAAUUUUGAAUAAGCUUCAGCUUAACCUAAAAGUUUGUGCAGUAAAGGCCCCAGGAUUUGGAGAAAAUAGAAAACAGAUGCUUAAAGAUAUUUCUGUCUCAGUGGGAGCUCAGAUCAUUCAAGAGGAGUUUUCCAAAGCUAAGCUUGAACAGCUGACUCCUAAUCAGGUCGAGGAGUUUCUUGGGAAGUGCAAAAGUAUCUCAAUUUCCAAAGAUGAAACUAUUAUUAAACAGGGAGAAGGGUCCCCUGAAAAGUUAAAAGACACUAUUUCUUUGCUUAAAUCCCAGAUUGAGGAAAAUCACAAACUUUCCGAUUAUGAUAGAGAAAAGAUACAAGAAAGGCUUGCCAGACUAACUGGUGGAGUUGCUUUGAUUAAAAUCGGUGGAUACUCUGACACUGAGAUAUCAGAACUUAAAGACAGAUUUAUCGAUGCUUUGAAUGCUACUAAGUGUGCAAUAGAACAAGGAAUCGUCCCAGGAGGUGGUUCUGCUCUUCUUUGGGCUUCCAGAAACCUUGGAAAACUGUAUUCUCAGAGCCCUCCUCCAGGGAAAACUCUAGAGGUUUCCCAAACAUCAGAAUCCAAUCCUAUUAGAAACUAUGAUAUGGCAAUGGGUGUUAAGAUAGUAGAAGAUGCAUGUAAAGUUCCAUGCCACCUCAUUUCUUCCAAUGCAGGUUUUGAUGGUUCAGUAAUUGUAGGAGAGCUUAUUAAAGUCUUUUCUCAAGGAAGUAAACACUUUGGUUUUAAUGCUCAGACUGGACAGUUUGUGGAUAUGAUUAAGAGUGGUAUUCUUGACCCCACGAAAGUCGUCAAAUCUGGACUUAGAGAUGCUGCUAGCAUUGCAUCUUUGAUGGCUACUACCCAGGUAUCUGUUUUUGAAUCAAAAAACCAAUCAGAAAAAAUGGGUUCUCCUGAAUUAAUGUCCUCAUCUUCCCCGUCCUCCUCUUCAUUUGGCUCACUUCCUGGAACUUUUUAUUAG